GAAGCACAUUUUUUUUUAAUACAGGUAACUUUGAAGUGAUUAGGAAAGCACAUCUAGAUUAGUUGUCAACAGACGUUUAGUCUGCUGCAGUUACGGACACAGGAACAUAUAUUGAAUUGGCUCAGGAAGGAAAUAGUGAUCUACAUUCAAACAUUUUCCACUUGUUUUAAAUCGAGCCAACAUACCAGUGACAGUAUCCCGCCAAUUGACAUCGUCUGAACAUGAUUUCGAUUAGCAUGGAAAGAAUUAUCAGCGUGUGUCUGAUUCUGUCAACGUGCCUAACAACUCAAUGCUUCUCAUUGAAAACUAGAAUUAGGACUAAAACUGGAUUUAUUCAGGGAUUUAAUCAAACUGUCCUUGAUAGAGAAGUUACAACAUUUUUAGGAAUCCCAUUCGCUCAACCUCCAGUUGGUUCUCUAAGAUUUAGAGAACCGAUACCAGUUAGGCGUUGGCAGGGUACCAGAGAAAGCACAAGUUUCUCUAAAGCCUGUUCUCAGCCGGCUAUAUUUGCUACUAACGUUCCAGCUGAUGAGCAAAGUGAGGACUGUUUGUAUCUGAAUGUAUGGGUUCCGAAGGGAGGAUGUAAAAGGAAAGCUGCUAUGAUAUGGAUUUAUGGAGGAGGAUUAAUCGCAGGCGAUGUUCGAGAUUAUAAUGGCAAGUUUCUCGCUGCCUAUACAGACACCAUUGUAUUUACUCUGAACUACCGGACCGGGCCAUUGGGAUUCUUAUAUUUAAAUGAUAACGAGGCGCCCGGGAAUAUGGGUCUACUUGACCAAUAUCUAGCAAUAAAGUGGAUUUAUGACAACAUCAAAAGGUUUGGAGGAAGUAGGCGGAAAAUAACCUUAUUUGGACAAAGUGCAGGGGCCGCAAGUGUAAAUUACCAUACCCUUUCUAGUUUUACACGACCUUAUUUCCAAAAGGCUAUCAUAAUGAGUGGAGCGGCGAACUCUGAUUACGGCUACCAUUCACCCACAGAAGCACUCGUCACGGCGCAUGAAUUUGCCAAUCAUCUCGGAUGCAAGAAGGACACGGUUGACGAAACAAUUGAAUGUUUACGUUUAUUACCAGCGUCAGCGUUAUCAGCCUUACAGUUACCGUCUAAUCCUAAAGCGCCGUUGUUUUUCAGGGUACAUUAUCCAACUAUUGAUAAAAAUGGAUUUAUAACGCAGUCACCUAAAGAAUUGAUGAAUCGUCCUUUUCCCCGCCGGAUCUCAACUCUUCUAGGUGUCGUUGAGGACGAGGUCACGUUCUUUUUAGCAUAUUACGUUGGUGUAUUGAAAAUACCUAUAAAUAUUCUCCCUGGAAUAGUCAACAGAGAAGAAUUUUAUCGGUUACUUCCCCUUGUCUCGGCAUCAAGUAAUCAAACUAUGGACAUAAUUGCGCGGGAAUACCUAGAACCGUAUCUUCCAAAUGAACCUCCCUUGUACAUCGAUGUUGGUGACGACAUAGGUUCAGAUAUCAUAUUCCGGUGUCCAGUUGUAGAGAUUGCGCAGACGUUAUCAACUGUAAAACCUAGAAACCCAGUCUAUAUGUACUCAUUUGAACAUAGAUCAGCAAGAAGUCCGACGCCAUCUUGGUUCGGUGUUAUACAUGGCUCAGAGACCAGUUAUGUAUUUGGCUAUCCUUUGGUUGACAACGUACAUUUUACUGACGUUGAUAAAAGUGUUAGUGAGAGAAUGAUGAAAUACUGGGCAACAUUUGCUAAAACAGGAAAUCCUAAUUUUAGAGACGAUAGCUGUGGAGAUGAUUGGAAUCCGUACCGUAAGAGGGACCGGAAGUACCUGGUGAUUGACAGUGAUUGUCCACAAGAUGGCGAGAAGCUAUUGGAACAACAGUGUGAUUUCCUUGAACAAGUGCUGGAUUAAUCAAGAGAUAUCAAAAUAAUAAAAUCACAGUUUAUUAUGUAUCAAA